AUGGCAGAAUCAACAGAUCCCACCACAACCGUGCCAAAUCUUUACCACCCUCUUGACACAGACAAACAUGACCUGCGUCUUCUCGAAAUCUGCCCAUCCGAAAACAACGGUUCACAAGUCCAAGUCAAAAUCUUUCCUUGUUGUUUCGAAGACGUGCAAGGCCAGUUCAUCCCUUUGUCAUAUGUCUGGGGCGAUCAAACAGAUACCGAGACCAUCAUCAUCAACGGGAUCCCCAAGAAGGUUACUAAGAAUCUCGCCCUUUUCUUACGGCAGAUACGGAGCAUCCUCCCGGAAAUCCUCACCUCCAUCCCAUGGGAGAAGCCUGCACUCUUCUGGGCCGAUGCAAUAUGCAUCAACCAGGAUGACACGGAGGAGCGUAACCGUCAAGUCCAGCUCAUGGGGUCUAUCUACGGCUCCGCGCCAACAGUCCUUGCUUGGCUUGGGGAGGCUCAAGAUUCACAUUUCGCCGCCAACAUGGCCAACGCCGCUGAUUCAUGGCUGAACGCCUGUGAUGAGAAGGACCCAGACGGGGAUCGUGACCCAAACUUUGACGGUUGGAUGGAAAGACAUCCAGACUUUUGGUCACUCUCCGGAGAUGUCAACAAAACGAAUUCAUACUUCAGUGCCGUUAAAACACUACUAAACUCACCGUAUUGGCAGCGCACCUGGACAUUCCAAGAGAUAACGCUACCGGCCGACACUCUCCUCGUUCAUGGCUCAGCGCUUAUUAGGCUAUCCUCGUUGGAAGCACUCACCUUGUGGAUGCUGGGCUUUCUCAGCAGAGCAGCGUCUGAUUUCUCGUUCCUAGAUCGAGGGACUUACCGGGAUUUACUCAUGACGGUUGAAUUUGCCACUGUCUCAGUCAGUUACUCCAUCAGAUCGGCACUCGUAACGAGAGAGGAAUUAGCCACCCAAGAACGCCCGACACUCGCUCUCGUGCCGUCCUUGGCUGGCCUGUAUGCGAGUGACCCACGGGACAAAAUAUUUGGCCUCCUGGGUGUGGUGGAUACACAGCUCAUUGCAGACUACAGCAAGCCUUUCAUCCAAGUUUACUGCGAAUUCGUCUCGGCCUGGUUGCUCGAGGUCCGGGAUCUCAACUUUCUACUCGACGCUUGCCGCACACGUCACAGAGAGGUCCAACCUGGGCUGCCAUCGUGGGCUCCAGACUGGGAUGCCAUCUCUCAAGCUUUGAACACGGACGAAGAUAUGGUUGAUGUAUAUCCGAUGGGAAAUUUCUUGCAUGAAAGAGAUCAUCAAGCAUCUGCGCGUCUACUUACAGACCCUGCACACCUUAGCCAAUCUUCCCGCAUCUUGACCGCAACCGGGGUGGUAUGUGACGAAGUAGAGGAGGUAUACCCAGCCUGGAGAGAUUCCAAAGGAUCAUUGGCCAUUAGGACCAGCUUUUUCGAUCUGGUACAGAGGCACAUAGAUCGCUCCAUGCUCGGUGGUAACUGCUCAAGGAGGCAUGUAUUCCAAGCGCUCUUCCGCACUGCUCUGCAUGAUACAUGCCCGGUAGACGGCUCAGGAUACAGCUCACCAUAUCUUCUACAAUCCGACGCAACAAAGGUUCACACGUGGGGGAUUUGUUUUCUCCUUUACCUGGCAUUGCGCUACACGGCUAUUGGCGAUCCAUCGGCACCCGACCCUGAUAGCAUUGCGACAACACUAUUUCCCCGCCUAGGCAUCCCGUAUGGACAAGAUUUUUCACGCUUCUGGAGGGAAGAGAUCUUUGGCGACAUGAAGUUGGGGGAGCCCGACGUGCCUCAUUGGCGACAUGCUCCAGCGGCUCUCCAGUGGGCGAUGGAGAACCACAUGGCCGAGUUCCAUAGUAUCCGGCUGCAUUCGACCACUCCUCUGGAAACUAAUGUUAAAUUUCUCACCAAGAACAACUACAUGGGCUUUUCCAGUUCUGUAGAGGUAGGAGACAAGGUUGUCGUGCUGGGUGGCUGCGGCGCCCCAGUGCUCCUCAGACCAAAGGAUGGUCAUUACGAGCAUAUCAGCGCAUGUUUCGUGGUCGACCUCAUGGACGGGGAGGCGAAGGACAUGUUAGACCGAGGGGAGGCGAAGCUUGAGACUUUUGAAAUUCAUUAG